AUGGGCGGCAACACCAGCAGCAACGAGAAACCCCAGGGCGAGGCCGUUGUCGAACCGGGAGGCGAGAUCGACCUCGAGGCCGGCCUGCCCGUCCCACCACCUGCCGCCACCGCUCGCACCUCUGGAGCUGAUUCCCGUCCUCGUCCGUCAAAACGGACGGCCACUUUCUCCAUCACUGCAGCCACGGCGGCCGCCGCAACAUCAAGACCGUCAAACGGGACCACCGGAUCGACAAAACACCCGGGGACCGGAAUCGCCGGCGCCGGAGUCGUGCCACCACCAAAUACACCGGCCAACACAGAACGGGCCACCCGGACCAUCCGGCGCAUGUUCUCGCGCAGCUCGGGCAAGACCGACGGAUCGGGCCGUAGUUUGCGGUUCCGGCCGCGUACCGAGGGCGAGAGCGGCCGCUCGGGUCUCCACAUUUCGCAUUUCCUGCGCAUCGCCUUCCGCUCGUCCAGCACGGUUUCGUGCAUGGUCAACGUGCUGUGGCCUUUUGUUCCGGCAGCCAUUGCCUGCCGCUAUGCCCUCAGCGACUCGCCCACCAACAACCUGAUCAGCUUCAUCUUGGCCUACAUCGCCAUGGUGCCGUGCGCCAACCUCAUUGGCUUUGCCGGCCAGGAGCUGUCGCGCAAGGUGCCGCACGUCGUGGGCGUCCUGACGGAAACGAUUGUGGCCUCCAUUGUCGAGAUUGUCUUGUUUAUUGUGCUGCUCACGCGCGGGCUCUACGUCGUCAUCCAGGCCGCCAUCCUGGGCUCGGUGCUGGCCACCAUGCUGCUGUGUCUCGGCAUGUGCUUCUUUGUCGGCGGCCUGCGCCGCACCGAGCAGGAGUUUAGCGAGACCGUCAGCGAGGCCGGCAAUGGUCUCCUGCUGACGGCUGGUUUUGGUCUGGCCGUGCCCACACUCUUCGAGCACGCCCUGUCUGGCAUGGUGGGCCUCGACCCCGAUGACCUGGAGAGCCGCACCGUCAAUGUGUCUCGCGUCACGUCCAUUUUGCUCAUUGUCGCCUAUCUGGUCUUUAUCUACUUCCAGGCCCGCACCCACAACAGCAUCUACGACGAGAUCUUUGAGGGCGAGGAGCAGCGGGCCACUGCUUUCGCUGCCGAGAGCGCGCUCGAGCACAUUUCGCGCGGCGAGCUGGACUACCACGUCGACGUCGAGCGCGAGAAGCUGACCAUGACCGAGUGCCUCAUCUCGCUGUCUGUGGCCGUCGCCCUCGUGUCUCUGAUCGCCCUGGCCCUGGUCGAGGAAAUCGAAGACAUUGUCAUCGAACGCGGCGUGUCCGAUGCGUUUAUGGGCUUGAUUCUCGUUCCACUUGUCGAGAAAGCCGCCGAGCACCUCACUGCCAUCAACGAAGCAUGGGACAAUCAAAUGAACUUUGCCCUCGCGCACGUACUCGGCUCCACCAUCCAGACCGCCAUGUUCAACGGGCCCCUCGCCGUCAUCGUCGGCUGGGGCCUGCACCGCCCCAUGGGCCUCGACUUUAAGAUCUUUGACAUGGGCGUCCUCAUCCUCGCUAUUAUCACCGUUGGCAACUUCUUACGCGACCAGAAGAGCAACUACCUCGAGGGCUUGCUCUGCGUCAUCGUCUAUAUUGCCAUUGCCGUCGCCGCUUACCACUACCCGGACGUCAACACCCGAGCCGGGGGCACCGAAGAAGCCGCCGAGGUGGUCGGCCAUGUGGCGCGUCAACUGCUGCGGCGGUGA